AUGAAUGAAAUGCGCAAUUUCAAUGACAAAAUUCUGUGCUUUGUAGUGGGAGCCUUAAAUGGUUUGGCCUAUCUAAUAAGUGGAGUUUUGGUAUUUUUCUACUACUAUUCCAAAAUGAGAACCGAGGGAAUGCAGAGAAAUUUUGGAGAUUUCCGCGAAUAUUAUUUAAUGCAAGCAUUUAUAAUGAAAAUGUUCAGUGUGGUGGCCUUUGUGUUGGCUUUGCUGUUCCUAAAGGGUGUAUAUCAGAAACGCUCUGGAUUAAUGGCCCCUUUCAUUUAUGUAACAACUGGUUAUAUUAUUUUUGCAAUUAUCUCCAUCAGAUGUAUUUAUAAUGCCGAUUUGUUGAGAGAACAAUCCAUUAUUCAUGCCAUUCUGAUGCACUUCUACUAUUGCAUGGGAUUGGGUUUGUAUAUUCUUUUUGUGUCUCCCAUGUUCGUAAUGUUUAGACGCUUACGCAAACAAAAGGCUCUGGCGGACCUAUAUGUUGACGAAACGGAUCGAAAUUCAAGGCCUUUGUAUCCAAGCUUAUACUAA